CAUGCUUUUUUGUAUAUAAGAAGAGAGCAAAUUCGUUUCAGUUGUAUUUGCUGAUAUUUUGUAGUCUGAUUCAUUCAUAUUUUCAAUCUCGAAAGCGCUGCACAUCAAUUUAACUUCAUUGUGUUCUGAAGAAAAUAAAAACUAAAACUAUGAAUUGGCUUGGAAAAUCGUUGACUGCAAUUCUGGAUUCUGAGCGCAACACCGAUUGUAAAUUUAUCAUCGAUGAUAAUGUCUAUUUAGGCCAUAAAUUGAUCUUCUCGUGUGCGUCCGAAGUCUUUGAGCGCAUGUGCUAUGGAAACUUUACUGAGGGAACAACUGGAGAGAUUAAGCUAACAGACGUGGAGCCCGAAACUUUCGUAAUGUUUCGAAAUUUUAUCUAUAGCGGCGACUCGCAGAUAAAAUGCGAUGACGUAGAACAAAUUAUAAAGCUACUCGAGUUCGGACAUAAAUAUCUUGUGAGCAGCAUUACGGACGCCUGCGUUGAGAAGUUGAAGACUCGUUCAGAAACAUGCAGCUAUCCCGAACUUCUUGCCAUAUAUCAGUGCUCGCACAUACUUUCGAUUAACACAUUACUUUCUACGGUCUCUUCAUAUAUUGAAGUGGAAGCAUGGAAUAAAAACAACCUAGCGAACAUUUUUCAUUUUCAAGUGCACAUAUUCAAGAGCUUUAUUCGUCUUAUUAAUAUUAGUGAAUCGAUACGUUUUGAACUUAUUGAAGAAUACCUUCAUGUAAAUGAUUUGGAUGCAAUCAAUAUUAAUGGUAACAAAGAUACUUCAGAUGUCAAACCCGAAAUCCAUUCCGAUAAGGAAGUUGCCGACUUAAUUGAUAUUAAAAAGAUGACUCUUGAUGAAAAAGUUUCAGAUGCCAAACCCGAAGUCGACUCCGAUGAAGCGACAACUUCAAAUGGCUCCAUAGUCAAAGAAUUUCUUGACUUAAUCUCUUUUGAAAAGUUCACACUUGAAGAUUUCUAUAAUGGACCCGGCAAAUCAAAGCUACUCGAUUUACAACGCAAGUACGAGCUAAUUUAUUCUAUUGGAAAUGCCCAGAAAAAUUUGUAACAUGUUAAUUUGGAUUCAUCCAUCAUAUCAUACCCUCCCUAGAUAGAUACCAAUGAUAUUGACACAAUCAUUUUGUAAUUUGCACUAAGAUCCCAUACCAUAUAAUAAAGUUCAACAUGUGCGGCAAUGCCCAGUAGAAAUUGUUUGUGUA